GGGAGCGAAGAGACCAGAGCUAUCUCUUAGCCACUGUAAGAGUGAAGCCGGCUGCUUUUGCCUGAACCUGUCGGUGCUCUCUGUGUGUGUGAGUGUGUGUGAGAGUGUGUGUGAGGAGCUGCUGGGAGUCACAUGACAGAAGAGAGGGGGACCGCGAGGACAGCCUGUGCUCACCUGGCCCAUUUCCCUCUGUCUGUCUGUCUGACACUCUGUCUGUGUGUCUGUCUCUCUGUCCGUCCGUCCUCAGGUCCACGAGUGCCUCUCUCUCUCUGCCUCUCGCUCUCCUCUCGCCUGCUCUGUGCUGAGCUCAAGUCUGGCUUCAUUGUUUCAGUCCACUCUCCGCAGGUGUAGAUUGGACACUGUGUCUUGCUGAGCGUCCCCCGCUGGUUCCUGCACUAUCCUGAGUCCCUACAGGGGAGCGAGGCCCUCACCUGACCCCACCAACACCACCAGCUACUGCAGCGUAGCACCACCUCAGCAGCAGUAAGGAGUGACCCCUUCCCCUCUGGUCCCAAUGGCAGACGGUCGGCAGCCCGAUGACAGCGCCCCACAGUGGGCUCCCCCAGGAGGGGCCCAGGGCCCCCCGGCGCCUGCUGCUCACGGAGAGAACGGCUUCUCCUCCUCCUACCGCGCGUGCCAGCCCGGGGGUCCCAAGGAGAACGGCUUCAACGGCGACCUGUCCUCUGGACACGCCGUCACGGCAGAGCAAGUGUCAGCACGGAUUGUGCAGGAGGUGACAGCUGAGGCGGUGGCAGUGUUGAAGGGAGAGCAGGAGCUUCACCCAGGCAGCGCCGUCAGGAUCCCCUCAGUUGAGGACUCUGCCAACCUCCCUCCCUCUCCUCCACCCUCACCUGCUGCGGAGCACUUUGGACCCCUGGAGCAAGAAGAAGAGACCGUAGAGGCUCUUGCAACUGCCGAGGAGGAGGAGGAGAUGGAGGAGUUGGAGGAGUUGGCAAUGGGAAUGGAGGAGGAGGAGGAGGAGGAGGAGGAGGAGGAGGAUACUGCAGCAGCAGCAGCAACAUCAGCAGAUUUUGAGGAGCCAGAGGAGCAGUGGAGUGGGGAGGAACCUGAGCAGGGGCCCCAAGCCGAGCUCCUAGAGCAGGCCGAGGUCAUAGGCGAAGCCCAGGCUGAGCCCAGCCUGCAGGCCGUGACUGAGGCGGAGGCAGUUAGUGCCGCCCCGGAAGAAUCAAACGGGAGAAGCGAUGAGUCAGGGUGGGAGGAGAGGCCCGAGGAAGCCUUGAAGAUGGAUGCAGAUAAACCUGGCCACGAGAGGACCGCUCCCACUGGUGUGGACUUCACCGAACUCGAGAGACAGCUGGAGAAUGUUCAAGCAGCUUCUUCAAAUGGCCAGAAUCAGGUGAAAGAAACACCAAAGGUCUCCACCCAGUUACCUGACAGUCUAUCUGAACAGAAGAGUGUGACAAAACAGCUCUCGGCCGAAAUGUCUGAACCAGCCUCUUUGAAGUCUUCAACGGUGACACAUAAAGAGAAGACAGACGACGAGGAGUCGCGGGCCUUCGGGGGGAAGCACAUAGGGGCCACAGUGAGUGUCCAGUCUUCAGAGAUGUCUUUGAAAAAGAGUACGGAAGUAAAAGUAAAGGAGGAGAAGCCCAGCGAACCUGUGAAAGACAAGUCCGGCAUGUCUGCCUACUUUGAAACCACGGCCUUGAAGGAGGAUGAAGCUCGAGUGCUGGGAGAGGGCUACUAUGAGCUGAGUACUGCAGGACAUGAUAAAAAGAGCCCAGCGGCUCCGUCAGCACCUGAGAUCAGCUAUACCAAUCUUGCGCAAGACAAAUCUGUGGAGGACAGCAAAAAGAGCUCCUCUGAGGAGCAAGCAACCCUUCCACCCCUUGAUAGGAGGGACGAUUGCCGCCUGUCACCUGGAAAGUUGGCUUUGGACCAAAGAAGCUACUCUCUUAACAUCCCUAUCGGAGGAAUGGACCAAGGACGUCCCAGGAACUUCUCACCAUUGGCCACAGAUAUACUGUCAUUCACCAGUGGAAGUCUUGAUGAGUCAGCCGACUACCUUCCAGUUACAACCCCGUCUGCAGAGAAUCUCCCGGCCUUCCCCCCUGUAGGUGUGGAAGUGUCGGCCUCUCCCACCAUGCCUCCUUCACCCCCCCAGGCUACUGUCUCUAGUGCGAAGACAAGCCCUCAGACAGGGUCCCCAGGCUCGCCCUUCACUACUAAGUUCCAGUACAAAAAUGGCACAGUAAUGGCUCCUGACCUUCCAGAAAUGCUGGACCUGGCAGGCACCCGCUCAAGGCUGAUGUCAGAGAACACUGACCCAGAUAUCAUGAGAAGGAAGUCCGUACCUGCGGAUGUGGUGUCAGCCCAUGUAAGUGAGUCCUUCGCCCAUUUGAUUCUGGCUGAUCAAGGUCAGAAGGCAGCCAGAAGUGAAAGUCAAUUAGAGGAACUGGGAUACUGUGUCUUCAGUGAGUACUCUGGGCCUAUGCCCUCUCCAGCCGAUGUCCACAGCCCUAUGGACUCACCACCACAGAUUUUCACCACAAUGCCAUCUGAAGAAAAGGAGGCAGAGAAAGAGAAGGAAGAGAAGGAGAGGGAGAAGGAAGAGAAGGAGAAGGAAGAGAAGGAACGCUCCUCUGCACAGAGUGCACCAGACAAAAAGAAUGGGACAAGUGACUCGGCUCUACCUUCCAAAGAUGAAGCUGUAAAAAUGGACAAAUCAGUUGUUGAUGCCAAGACUGCUGAGGUGAAGGACCAGGCUGCUCCCCAGGAGGACAAAACACAGCCAGACAAGCCAUUUGGAACUCUCGUGACACCAAAGGUGAUGGUCACCCUGGACGAGCCAAAGGCUGAUGAAGAGGGGCAUAUUUUAGAGACAGACGCUGAAUUUGCUGUGUACGAGAGGCAAAUUCGCAAGCUGGAGAUGGAGGACAGACCACUGAGCGUCGAAGAAGAGCGUGAGCUGCAGGAGUUGAGGGAGAAGGUGAAGAACAAACCAGACCUGGUGCACCAGGAAGCCUAUGAGGAGGUUGAUGCUGAAGAUGUCUACCAGCUAACUGGAGUAGCAAAAGACAGAAUCGCCAGACCCAUCAGGCCGUCUCCAGCAUCCUCCGUUGAGAGCACCACUGAAGAGGAGAAGGGGAGUGCUGGACCAGAGAAACCCAAGCAGCCUGAAGGUGCAGAGGCCAAGAAGGUGUCUGCACCAGAGCCAGCAGAGAAGGUCACAAAAGAGGAAAAACCACCCACCCCAGAACUUAAACAGGAUGUUCCAAAAGCCACAGAAAAGAGUGAAUCUGUUGUUCCAGCACCUGCAGAAUCUGCUCAGGACUCAACUAAAGUGGCGAUAGUUCCAGAGAAAGAGCAGGAGGAGGUUGAGCUGGGAGAGGAGGUUGAAGUGGCAGAAGAGCCUCAGGAGUUCAUGCAGGAGGCCAAGCCAGAGAAGCCAGAGGAUAAAACAGCUCCGGAGCUUCCUGGUAAGGUUGAGCAAGGCAAAGACAAAGAGGAGGAAGAUGGAGAGGCACUAGAAGGGGCUGGCGCACUGGCAGAUAAAGCUGUGGAACCUCGAGCUGCCAUCGAGUCUAUAGUGACCGUCGAGGACGAUUUCAUCACGGUGGUCCAGACUAUCGAUGAGGGCGAGGAGCCAGUGCACAGCGUACGCUUCUCGGCCCCUCCAGUGGAGGAAGCUCCGCCGGGUGCACAGAGGCUUCAGGAGGCCGAAGAGGAGGACGAGGAGGGAGACUCAUUGGAGAUGGCACAGGAAGUGGAGAUGGAGGCUCCAAGUCUGGAAGAGAUACCAGAUGUUCCAGAGGUGGCUGAAACCCCCGUGCUUCCCGCAAAGGAGCCAGAGGUGAUGACAGAGUCUGAGGCGCCGACCGAGAGCUAUGAUGACUACAAGGAUGAGACAACCAUGGAUGACUCUAUCUUAGACAGCUCCUGGGUGGACACCCAAGCAGAUGAUGACAAAAGCAUGGCCACGGAGAGAAUCGAGCCUCCUCCCAAAAUGCGAAGCCCACUCAAGAAACCAGCGGUGGAGAAGCCGGCUAAGCAGAAGACCAAGGGCAGCCGGGUAAAGGCGCGCGUCUCCACUCCGGAACGCAAACCUGUGCGGAAAGAGCCGCUGCCCAUCCCCAGGGAAGACGCCAGGAAGAAAAAAGCUAUCAUUAAGAAGGCUGAGUUCCCCAAAAAAUCUGAAAUUCAGACACGCUCUCCCUCCCGCAAGAGUGCUUUAAAACCCGCUGUCAGACACCCUAGACCUGCCCAGCACCACGCCUGUGUUAAACGGAGACCCACAGUCUCAGCAGAUGGACGCCAGCCCAUUAGCGUGGCCAGACACUCACGGGACAGGACCUCUCCUCCUACCCCCUCUGUCUCCCAGAUCCCUGCCCCCUCCUCACUAACAAAGAUCCCCAAAUCCCGAGUGGCCGCCAUGCUCCCCCCUCGGCCCAACUCCGCCUGCUCCAACACCAUCAAGAACCUCCAGAUGGAGGCAGAUGGGUUCGGGCCCCGGCCCUGGUCGGCUGGAGCCCGCGACUCCCCCGUACAGAACAGACUCAUGGGAAAGGAUGGUGGUUCCAGGAGCCCAGAGAAGAGGUCAUCUCUGCCGCGGCCGGCCUCCAUCCUGAGCCGGCGCCACCACCCGGCCGAGCAUGAGGAGAGCUCCACCUCAAUCACCAGCUCCGGAUCCACAGCUCCACGCAGGCCCACAUCGUUCCGCGCUGAGUUCAGAUCCGAGUAUAGGACGGGAAGGGCUCACAGCGUGGCUGGUAGGACGGAGACGAGCCGCUCUGAGUCGGCCCGCUCCCGCUCGGCCCGCAGUGGUACGUCCACCCCGCGCACGCCCGGCUCCACGGCCAUCACCCCCGGCACUCCGCCCAGCUACUCCUGCCGCACCCCGGGCACCCCGGGCACCCCCCGCACGCCCAAGUCCCUCAGCCUGCUGGGCGAGAAGAAGGUGGCCAUCCUCCGCACGCCGCCCAAGUCCCCCGCCACCACCCCCAAGCAGCUGCGCGUCAUCAACCAGCCCCUGCCCGACCUCAGGAACAUCAGGUCCAAGAUCGGCUCCAUCGAAAACAUCAAGUAUCAGCCCAAGGGGGGGCAGAUUCAGAUUUUAAACAAGAAGCUGGACUUCAGUCACGUACAGUCAAAGUGCGGAUCCAAGGAUAAUCUGAAGCAUUCUCCCCGUGGAGGCAAUGUGUUCAUUCCUAGCGUAAAACUGGACUUUAGCCACGUCAGGUCAAAGUGUGGCUCCCUGGACAAAGUGCAGCAUGCGGCAGGCGGCGGGAACAUCCACAUCCAGUCCAAGAAACUGGACUUAAGUCACGUGACUUCCAAGUGUGGUUCACUGGACAACAUUCGCCACCGGCCAGGAGGUGGGAAUGUGCGCAUUGAGAAUGUGAAGCUGGACUUCAAAGACAAAGCCCACGCUAAGGUGGGCUCCCUUGAUAAUGCCCAGCAUGUGGCCGGAGGAGGACAUAUAAUGAUCGAGAGCCACCGGCUCACAUUCCGCGACUCCGCAAAGGCGCGCACGGACCACGGAGCGGAUAUUGUGACCCAGUCUCCUGACGGGACCUCCCCCCAUCGCCACAGCCACAUGUCGUCCUCGGGCAGCAUCAACCUGUUGGAGUCCCCACAGCUCGCCACGCUGGCCGAGGACGUCACCGCUGCCCUGGCCAAGCAGGGUCUGUGAGCGCCCGGCCCAGCGACCUCUCUGCCCUCCCCCCCCCCCCACUCCGUGCUCCCCAUCCAGUGGGCAGACACUGCGGCCCUCCCCCCUUCACUUAUGGUUCUACUUGACCCUUCUCAGCAGCGCUCUCUUCUCUCCCCUCAGCCUCACAGCCUCAUCUAGCCAGGAGCGCCACUCCCAACGCCCCUCCGUCCUCCAGUUCACCCCCUCCUGCACAGCGCACAUCCACCUACUGGGACUGUAGUGACUCUAUUUAAUGAAACAAAAUACAAAAUGGAAACAAGUGGAAGAAGAAGAAGAAGACGAAGAAGGAAAAAAAAAACACAGACACCGUACAGUUUUGUCUAUUUUAAUUUUCGUUCAAUUUCCAAGGUAGAUUAGAAAGUGCCAGUGCUUUUUCCUGUUUGACUCCUUUUCGGUUUGACUUUUUUAAUGGUGUGUACAGAUAGUGGCCUGAAGCUCUGGUCCCAGAUCAGCUGCAGCUGUUUGCACAAAGUAGUUCAAGUAGGAUCAGGAACGGGAUUGGCUGGCCUCUGGUCAGCUUCAGAACAGCCUUUUCUACAACAGGCAGGAAGUGAUGCGGCCAUUCCAUGCAGCUUGCAUUCUUCUGCUUGGUCAGUGCAUGGACUUGAAACACACACCCCAGCAGCAAGUCAUGCUCAUCAAACCUCUCCAGUAUGAUAUAAACUAUAGCUAUAAAACAUGUGUAUAAAUAUACCAGCUCCUCAUUAGCAAUUUCAAUCGAUUUUAAAAAUAAGCAAUCACUCAAAAUGUCACCUAUACCUGUAAAAUUGCAUCACUGCAAAAAAGAGAGAUGAGAUUAUGGUAUGAUGAGCAUGUAUCAAUUCUCGUUCAAAAAGGAGGCUAUUUUGUAUUUUCAAAGAAUUUUAGUAGGUUAUUCCCUCAAUCAUUGGAUUAAAAUGAGCAUUUGAGCAUUUCACAUAUUUUGUAGAUUAGUGGCAAUGUUAUGCUUGUCAAUUGCCUCAGUCAACUGCAAUGGUUGUCCAAGGGUCUCUCUUUCUCUCUCUGUCUCUCUCCAGACAAGGCUCUGAAUCUGGCUGUAAGCAUCACUGUAUGUGAACAUAGAGCUAUGUUAUUCUCUCAUGCACUGUUUGACCCGGUGCCGUCACACACCCCGCCUCGCUGAGUGACCUUUAAGAGGUCCAGGGAUACCUUACACACCCUGAAGUACGUCAGCUCAACAUCACAGGGGUUAGUGGGCAUCCUUGACACACUUCUCAGAAUGUAGGUCUGGGGUCAGCUGAGAACGGACCCUAUGGGCCGGCGGUGGUCGGGGUAACCUUUCCUCUGAUGGAGCUGUGGUCAUUAUUUAAACGGAUUGACUUGGGUGUAGGGUGCAGCUACUCUGGGCACUGGUGUUGUGUUACAGACCCUGUGUUUUGCCAUGUCGCAUUUGGAUGCUAUACGUUUUUUUUAUGUGCUGGAUAAACUAAAAAGGGACAAAAAGUAUGAAAAAAUACGAAAAAGCGACAUUUCAAAAAGCAUACAUAAAAAACAGAAACUCAACCAUCUCUUGUAAUUGUUUCAUAAAGUGCUCCAGUAUAAAUAUUUUUAUUUCUCUCUCUCUCUCUCUCUCUCUCUCUCUCUCUCUCUCUCUCCCUCUCUCUCUCUCUGUCGUUAUUUGUGGUAUCCCAACCCCUCCGGAUCCCCUGAUGUUUGUUAGCUUCUGUGUUUCUCUGCACCCCAAGCCUUGCCCUUCCCCAUCUCCAACCCACCUCCUCCCCCACAGCAACUGUAAAUGUAUUUAAAAGUCAUGUAGAUGUUUGCUGUUUUUCUCUUGUUGAUAUGAUACCGAUUACAAAUGCUCAUAUGAUUAUGACAAUAAAUAAAAAUAAAAAAACACAUGGAAAACAAA